AAAAGAUGUUGCGCUGAGGAGUUGGAGGCAGAUGAGAAAUCACUGUCAGACUCUGCGAACGGGGAUUAUCACGCUCUUAUUUGAAUAAAGACAGUUUCUUUUUCCGAUGUGGACAAUUUAGAGAAGGAAGAAUGCAUACAACUCGUAGUCCAUCCGCAUCCAUCCAGGCAGGACCGGUAGGAGACGUACUGGACCUCAGCUUGACCAGGUCUCAGCUUUUGAUGGGCCACAGACCCAGCAGUGCUUCCCCUGGAAAACACUUCUCUCGGUCCAUAUCUGUGUCCGUGGCCAGUGACGGACGGGGAAAACGUAACACGUUUACUGAUGCUGGAUUGGGAAGCUCACGAGCAAUUAAAAACCUGCGUCGGUCCAACAGCACCACACAGGUGAACCAGCAGGCCAACACAAGCCCCAGUGAAGGCCACACAGAAGACUUCCUGGCUCUGUUCAACAGCAGCACUGAUGGACGCAGGAAACUGGCCAGCCUCACCAAGUCAUCCAAAGACCGUACUACCUGGAACAUCCUGCAUUGGUUUAAAAUGACCUCUUGCUCUCAGGAUGACCAGCCAAGAGUGUUCCCUGUGCCCAGCAGCUCUCAUAGUACCUGCAGUAUGGAUUCUUCUACAGGACUGAAGAAGAGGGAAGCUGGGGUCUCUCUUGCUUCCAACUUCACUGCUAACAACAGGAGCAAUAAAGCAGCUGUGGGAAACUCAGUGACCCCCAUCCUUCAUAACAACCACUCAGAGAAGCCCCUUACUCCCAAGAGCUCCAAUCAGAAGCCCUCCUUCAAUAACAUCAUCAAAGCCACAGUAAAUGAUGAUGUGACACUUGACAUGAACGGUUCUCUCACUAAGUCCCAGAAGAACUUCUCCUCGGCAUCAUCGGGCUCCAACAACAAUGUUUCCCCUAGCCCCCGAAGCCCAGGUCAGCCGCGCAGACGAGAAGUGACUGAAGAGGAGGCAGAGAGGUUUGUUCAACAGGUGAACCAUGCUGCUAUUACCAUCCAGCGUUGGUAUCGUCGCCAUGCCAACAGAAAGCGAGCCAAUGAGGAUACAAUCAAACUCCUCCUCCCAUCCAAAAAGAAGGAAAGAGAGCAGAGAGCAGAGGAUGAGAAAACCACAGAAUCAAUAAAGAAGAAAGAUGACAAUCGAAAACGAAUCAGAGAGGAGAAAGCUCGUCUGGCUCGACUUACAGCAAUACAGGAGCUUCAGCAGAAAAGAGCACAACGUGCUGCAGGGGUACAGCAGAUUGCAGAGGAGGAGAUAGAGGCACUGAGGCAUGCUAAGAAAGUAGGGCAUAAAAAACCCACCAAGAGUUCACACACUUCUCCCACUGACGUCAAGGCAAAGAACACAGAUACUAAUGUGAACAUUGUGUCUGAUCUGGAUGAUGUGACGAAUCUGAGGGCUGCAUCACCAGCUGACUCUGUAUGCAGAGGCUCUCAGUGCUCUCAGGAGAUCCUACAGAGGUCUGUGAGUAUGGAGGACCAGCGACAGGGGGCGCCAUUGAGCAGGGCUCAGUCGAAAACCACACUGAAUGACCUGCUGGACACGCUGAAGCUCUUAGAGGAGCCGGACAGACUCUCGGAGCCCAAGAGCUACAGGAAGGAUAAGUACACGUGGAUUGACGAGGAUGGAGACUCCAUCUCCCUGACGACUGAUAACGUGGAACGGCACUGGCAGUUGAGUCAGACUCCUGCACUACCAGAUGGGCCUGCCUUGCUGUCAGAGGCCAAACUGCAGAGCAUCAUGAGCUUCCUGGAUGAGAUGGAGCAAUCAGAGCAGGAUAGACCACGCUCGGUAACCUCUGGCUCUCACAGAGAGGUGGUGUUAUCAGAGGACGAUCUUGCAGUUGUAGAACAAGCGUCAGCCACGGCAGCAGAUGUUACUGGUUCUAUGAUGAGACUCAAACUGGAGCUGGAAGAGAAGAAAUGCACCGUCAAUAUGCUACAGACAGCACUGGCCCAGCAGAGGGAGCUAACAGUCCGGCAUGUGAAGGAGACAGAGAAGGAGCUCAAUUAUAAUUUCCAGCUACAGAAACAGCAGUAUGAAGCUACUAUACAAAGACAUCUGACAUUUAUUGACCAGCUGAUUGAUGAUAAAAAAGACUUGAGUGAACGCUGUGAGGAGGUGGUUGGACAACUGAAGCAGGUGGAUCAAAAGUACACUAAAAAGAUCGCACAGAUGCAGGAGCAACAUGAAUUGGAGAUAAAGAAGCUGAAAGAGUUGAUGAGUGCCACAGAGAAGAUCCGCAGAGAGAAAUGGAUCGAUGAGAAGUCUAAAAAGAUCAAGGAGAUCACAGUCAAAGGUCUGGAGCCAGAGAUUCAGAAGCUGAUCUCCAAACACAAAUUAGAGCUGAAGAAACUUAGAGUUCUUCACGAGGCAGAACUACUUCAGGCAGACGAGAGGGCCGCCCAACGCUACGUCAGGCAGAGUGAGGAACUACGUCAGCAGUUGGAGAAAGAAAGAGAUGAACAGUGCCAGAAGGAGAGAGAACUGGCCAAGCAGAGGUAUGAGAAACAGCUGCAGGAAGAGGAGAACACACUGCAGCAGCAGAGGAGACGACUCUAUAAGGACGUUUCGGAGGAGAAAGAACGACUCACACAGAUAGCAGCAAGGCAGCGUGCUGAGUUGGAGGACUUAAGGAAGCAGCUGGAGGAGAACAGCUCUCUGGCUGGAAGAGCACUUAGAGAAGAGCUGGAGAAGAACAGAGAAGAGCAGGAGAGGCGACACCAUGUUGAAAUAAAGGCCCUCAAGGAAAGACUUGAGAUUGAAAAACAGACAUGGGAAGAAAACUAUAUGAAAAAAGAGGAAGCAUGGCUGCUGAGCAAAGAGAGGGAGCUAAAAGAGGAAGUGCGUCGAGGGAGAGACAAAGAGAUCGAGCUGGCCAUUCAGAGAUUAGAGGAGGAGACCAGAGGGGUGAGAGAGGAGUGUGAGAGAGCAGCAGACAACCGGAUAAAUCGUGUGAGGGAGAAAUAUGAGACUGAGCUCCGAGAUCUGGAGCAUUCGGAGCGGGCGGUGCUGCAGAAACAGCAGGAAAUGAGAGAGAAACAUAGUGAGAUGGAGGGUGAACUCCUCCGCAUGCAGUCACUCCUACGACAGAGAGAGCAGGAAAUAAGCGACCUCACCCAGUCACGUGAUAAGUUAUCAGAGGAGCGCCGCAGCCUUGCUGAGGUGAUCCGGCAGGAGUUUGCGGAGCGACUGGUAGAGAUGGAGGAAGAAAACAGGAGGAUGAAGAUGGAGGUCUCGGAAGCCAAGGCACGACUCCGCUUAGAGGUGGAGGGAGUGACCAGAGAGAAAGAAGAAGAGCUUACAGAGGUGCACCAGAGAGUGAAGUCCGCUAUUUUGAAGAAGGAAGAAACUGUUAAUAACCUUCGGAAGCAACAUGAGGCUGCAUUGAAGAGAGCAGAUCAUCUUGAGUCUUUGUUGGAACAGCAGAGAAAACAGCUGCUAGGGAAAUGAUUGGCAUGUUCGGGCAUCGGCCCCCGAGAGCUCCUCCACCCACCACCCCUUCCCUUCUAUCAUACCGUCCUCCUGCACAAAAAUCAUUCUCUUAUCUAUAUUCUUGUUGGGUUUCUUUUUUCUCCUUUUGGUCAUUUGGAUGACCUGAUGGGUUCUGGAUGGAUUCUUGAAAGAAGGGUGGAUGGUUCCACCAGACAUCUCAUCCAGGACGGCAACCUUUGGCAUUCCCGGGGGAAUGGUGCAAGAAGUAAGACAGGAAUUGAAUCUUCUGUUAGGAUUCCUGGAGAGACUUUUGUGCAUCUCUCUUGCCCGAAUAUGACCGAAUUACAGGCACCUCAUAACAUUAUACACAGGCAAAGAAACACUAAAGAAAAAACACUAGUGUGUGUGGGCGAAUCUCACAAAACCUGUCAAGAACAUCUUUGGGUCUCCCCAAAGUAAGAAUACAAAAGAAAUGAAAAUGACAUUUUGCAUAAAGAAAAAGAAGCCUACGUUUAGGACCAUUAAGUUUUUCUGCAUUCUGGCAUUAUUUUUAUGACAAUUAAGCAGUUACUGUGAUGAGAAAAAAAUAGUACAUUUAUUUAAAUUGUAAAGUAUUUAUAUGUGAAUUUACCUUUUAAUUUAUUUUGGUUAAAAAAAAAAAAAUAUUACUGUAAUUUUGUACUGUUGAGAAUUACUGUACAAAAAAUCUCAAAGGCAGAACAUACUCAUUUAUUAUGUACCGUAAUGACAAUUUGAAGGGGAAAUGUGCUUAAUUGUCAUUUUAAAAAUUGUCAAUUAUGUCAGAAUGGAACUUUUAAUGGUCCUAAAAAUAAGCUUCAUUUUCUUUAGGCAAAAUAGAAAUUGUUUAUUUUUGCUUGUGCUUUUUUUGGAUAUGUUUUAUGCGGGGGGGGGGCAAAGUGGAAAACCUCUUUGCUGGGCACAAAGGCAUCCAUAGAAAGCUCUUCCAGAUGUUUCUGUGACUACGUCCUCACUUCCCUUUUCUCUCUCGAGCAUAAGAGGAUCUCCUGUCCACUGGAGAUUCCAGUGGACAGGAGAAGUAGAAAUCUCAUUCCCGAGAAGUUAACCCUUUAAACAGGAGAGCUCUUACCACCUACAAACACACAUGCAAUUACACAUACACACUCCCCUCACCUUUUAUGUGCUGCAUACAGAUGCCUUUUGUCCUGGUGCCCCUCAGGCCUAUCUCUAAAUUACAGGAGAUGUCCUAGAAGCCCCCAGGACUCCUAAUCAUGCUCACACACAGCCCACAGUGAAGCCCAGCUCUUUCAAAUGUCAGAGAAUGAUGGCAGCAUUGGUAUCGGAUGGACGUUUUAGAAUGUUUGCUGACAGAAUGUAGAUGGAUAAGAUAAGUUUGGAAGGCCUUUGUAGAGUGAUAGGGACCGACAGUAGAUUGAGCAGCUGUCGCGGUAAAUGUUUUGCUCGUACCGAAAUGAGAGUCCUGAUUGAGGUUCAGUUGAGAUGGACGUAGAAAGUUGGAUAGAGAAAAAGUAAAAGGUGGAUGGAUAAUGAAGAGAAAGUUAGUAGUGUUUGUGCUCAUGACAACUCAGAAUAAUUCAUACGACGGCGAUGGAAAAAUCAUAAGAUAUCAUACGACUUGGCUCACACAAAAAGGUGCAACUUUAAUUCCAUACAGACCAACCGAUCAACAAACAGAAUUUCAGUUGAUACAAUUUGGCAUUACAUUUUCGCCAACCUCCUGACUAUUUAUUUUUUUAAGAAAGAUAAUGUCAGUAAACAUAUUUUGUUACUCAUUCCAUAUUUUUUUUAUGCAAUUCAGAUGACUUAUGUCAAUAACCUGUAAUAUGUUUCCUCCGUCUUGUUCCAAACACUAUUUUUUUCUUUCUUCUGUGGUACACAAAGUUAUUUUCUGAUUAAAAUCAUGGUUGGGUUUAAGGUUUAGGUAAGGAGUUACACUUCAUUGUUAGGUUUAAGUUUGGGUUAGGGGUUAAACUUAGGAAAACAUUUUGAAAACCAUUCAUUGUUUCUUUAUUAUCUCCAUGGGAGUAAAAGUCGUAAGUUUUUCUACAAGCCAACUUGUAAGAUUUCUUACGAUUUUUACAAUUUUCAUGAGACAUAGUUGGCUGGGCUGGACAUGAUAGGGUAUACUUUGACUUUGAUUAUAACUUUGAGAAUAGGUCAACAUCCUAGUUGGUCCUGUAACAACAUUCUUAUCUACCAAUCAGAUUUGAGGGAUUGGGAAAAGGGUGGGGUUAGGUUUACAAUGUGCCUAACCAGGGACGACACGGUAAUGCAACAAGUGAUAAAAGCUAUGGCUUCCUUGUGAAAUCUUGAGUUUUUGUUCUAACCAGCUGCGACCGUAGGACAUUUUGUUGAGUACUUGGUUGGUUUCUGUUUCUGCGACUUCUUGUUGGGUAACCCUGCCCACCAAAAUCAUGCACCACAUAACUAUAUUAAACAUCAAAUAUGAAUGUUAGCCUGUGAUUGUGUCUUAUCGCACAGUUUCGCGUUCAGUGUGGACAAACUCUUGUCUCUUGAAAAUUUGGCGCAUUGCGCAUGUUUAGGACACAGUGUUUGGGGAUGACUUAACAUUGUUAACCCAUAUUUAGGGGUAGUUCAUGGUUAGAUUAGGGAUUGGACUGAUUAUUUGAAAGGAAUGUUGUUCCAGGACAAACACAAAAACCUGUUGAUCCGGGGGGAGACAUAGUAUGGCUGGUAUUCAUGCUGUGGUUUAAGACAACCAAAAGCCUUCCAAUUUCUCUCCCUCUCUUUGCAAUGUAUACCAAGCUGCCUACCCAAGAGAGCCGAGACAAAUGCAAUAGAGCAGUAUUUGGGGUGAGUGGGUGGGGGAGGAGUUUCAAAACCCUCACUGGUCUUCAUUGUUUGUUGUUAUAAAGUCCCUUCUGUUUCAACUUCCCUGUUUCUCAUUUAACAUUAUUUUUGGGUCUACAAGGAUAUAUCACACAAAAACAUACAAAAGAACAUUAAUAUGAUAAGAAAUUGCAGAACACAUUUUACAAUGUAGCUGAAGUUUGCUUUAAGGUUCAGGUUAUUUCUGUGCCACUAGAGGCAGCAAACAUAAUGACUGUUUCCAAACAGGUUUUCUCAGCUGUAGAGUUUGUAAAAGUUAUUGUAUAAGACAGGAAAAUACCAUUUGUUUCUCUUGUAAUGGCCCUUUCUGCACAGAGCAACUUCAAUAAAAAAAGUUUUGAGUGAAUGAUUAAAGAGCAACCCAGAAAAGCAGAGAAUGUUAUCUUGCCCUCUUAUCUUGGGAAAGCUUGACCCAGAUGUUUAUUCUGAUUGGGUCACUUCAGGUCUUGUCAUGGAUACCUUCUUCUUAAAUACUUUAUUAAAAAACAAAAACUCUGAUUUCAAAAAGAUCAGGUUUCUCAUUUUAGGGCAGAGAGGGGAAGCCUGUGAAGCCAAGAGCUUGCUGCCUACAAAGCCCUUGAAUUCACAGGAGACCAAUUUCAGUAUACAGCAGGCUCUGUUAUGUGGCUCAAGCAUUAGUAAUGAGAUGAAGUCAUGAAGGUGUCAUAAAAGCAUAAUAAGCAUAAUUUCAUGACUCCGCUAUUGAUAUCACACUUGUAUGUGUGUACUGUAUGUGCAUCCAAGGUCAGUUGGAUAUCUUUUAUUGGAACCCCAGUGUGAGGUUCAUGAUGUUUAAAACAUUCUGAGAAUGUUUCAGAUGCAUUGUGAGAAGGUUAGAAGUCAGUUUUGGCAGCAGAUGCUGCUCCUUGGCUGUCUUUCUCACUUUAGAUGACAGCGUGGUUGGCAUGGCCUGUGCGUCAUUAGUGCCAAUGAACCCUUUUUUGUGUGCGUGUGGCCAAGCGCCGACUCUGGCCUUUUGUAAAUGAUCUGAAAAACACUAUUAUUAUUAUCCAUAUUAAUGUCACAAAGUUUGAGGAUCAUUUAGCCUUCAAACCACUCUCCCUUUCCCUCAUAUUUAUAUUUUAUUUUAAGUUGCUUGUUCUUGCAUGUAUUAUUUUUAUGUAAAUUUAUUGUGCCCUCAUACAUAGCUCUUAAUUCAACUCUUUUACCCACUUCCUGUGCUUUGUUCAUUUAGAUUAAUAGCUGUGUUUUCAAAAACUGUUGAAUUUCUGUAAGAAAAUAAAAUUUUAA